AUGGACCCUGCGAACACGGCGCUGAUGGCGGCGAGGGGGUGGCCAAGAUAUCUCCCGCCGCUGCGGUACGGUCACUCGAGGCUGUUCCCCUACAGGAACGGUCCUGAAGCCGGCGACGACGAGUACCCAGAGACCUCCCACUCCCCAAAACCGCGUGGUGGCAGCUCCACAAAGACGCUCCCCGGACCUGCCAAGGACGACAACCACCGACCUUCCGCCCCGCCCCGCGCGCAGCCAAACGCCCCGCCGGGCUCCCACCUCGAAAACCCAAAGAUCCUACUGGUGACGAGCAAGCCUUGA